AUGGAAGAGAAUCCAGGUGUGGAUCUGUCUGAAGCUGUGCCAGCCCAAGGACAGGUGAAGAACACAACAAAGCAUCCUGUGCACCAAGAGCCCACCCAGGAGACACCUGAGCACCAAGAACCCACCCAGGAGACACUUCAGCACCAAGUGGCAAGCAGGUGUCCUGAGACCUCCUGCAAACCAGGGGAGGACUCUCUGGUGUGUAAAUCAACAGCUGAUGGAAGAGAGACAACACUGUUGGGUUUAGCUGAGCCCACAGUAGAGGAAGAGGCUCCCCAGAAAACUGAAACACUGCUGGAAGAAUCUGGGAAAGCAAGAGAUGGUAUCUCAGAAAGAUCCCAGGAAAAAAAGCAGGUGGAUGAAGCUGGGUUGGCCCAUGCUGAAAUGGACAGCAAAGGAGACAGCCCUGUCCUCCAGGAAACAAGGGAGGACCAGAAGACAGCCAAGCAGUGUGAAAGCUCCUGCAAAGCAGAGGAAGAUGCUUCAUCAACAAGCAGGUCAGAGAGGUCUGACAGCAAAAUGACACGUUCAGAUGUGACUGCCACAGAAGAUGUCACCAAGGACCUCUUGGCAGAGAGCAGCACCAGUGCCACUCUCCCAGAUCAGGUGCCAAAGGAGCCCGUAGAGCCAGAAACACUGGAGAGUGGAUCCCAAAGCACGUUAAGGAGCAGACAUGGGACGAAAGGGCACACAGCCCCAAAGCCAGAGGCUCAGCCCUGCCUGCAGAGCAUCACCACCCAGAACACAGACCAGGAGAAGACCAAACAGUUCCUCAUGUGGACAGGGUUUGUCGUCGUGGGCAUCGUAUUGCUCUUCCUCUGCAUAUUCUGCUUCUGCAGCCCGACCUCCAGUUCCCAGCAACCCCUCAGGAACCCCAUGGUGGAGGAGUUCCUGUCCCAGUUCAGGCAGCUGGAGGGCAAGUUUCCAGGACAGAGUUCCGAACUGUGGCGCCGUGGGCGUAGGAUGCUGCAGAAGCACCUCAACGCGUCCCACCACACGCAGCCCGUCAUCAUCAUCUUCGCGGCCGCUCGCGAGGCUGAGCAGACCUUGCGAUGCCUUAGUGCCCACGUGGCUAACUCCUACUCGGCUGCCCUGCAUGCCAGCACAGUUCAGAUUGAUGGCAGGGAUAAAUCCAAGCUCCAGAGUGACCAGGCCAAGCUGGAGCUGGACCGGGAGCUGAGCUUAGCAUUCAAGGCUGGGGACCGUGCUGCGGUGAUUCAUCGCUUCGAGCUGCUGCCAGCUGGAGCCACCCUCAUCUUCUACAAGUAUUGUGACCAUCAAACUGCUGCCUUCAAGGAUGUGGCCCUGCUGCUGACGGUGCUGCUGGAAGAGGAGAUGCUGGACACCCACAUUGGCCUCAAGCAGGUGGAAGAGAGGGUCCGUGACUUCCUCUUGGCCAAGUUCACCACCAGCAGGACCCCAAGCUCCUACGACGACAUGGACCCUGACAAGCUGAGUGGGCUGUGGAGUCGCAUCUCCCACCUCGUCCUACCCAUCCACCCAGUGCAGACCUUCGAGCAGCAGGGCUGCCCUGCCCACACCAAACCCUAG